AUGCUCAUGACGGCACGAAAAGCUAAAACCAAGAACAGACAAAUCUGCAAAUCAAAGUACAAGACGCUUCAAGAUCUACCUCAUGAGGUGAUAGAGAAGAUCAUGUUCAAUCUUUCAAGCCCAUACGAUCACCUAUCAUUCCUCAAAACCUGCUCGACAGUAUACAGAUCGUACACUCCCAGGAUAUACAGGAUGCUAUGUAUCAAUCAAGGUUUCAGCCGUCCGGAGAAGGAUAACAAAUAUCAGUCGUUUGGCAAAGCGGGUAAUGGAGUGAUCAGUUUAGAUAGGAUGCUUGGGCAUCCCAAAGAUGGAUUUCCAGGGGUGAAAGCCAUCCGUAAACUCCAUAUUCACUCAAAAAACCUGAUCAAGUCCGAUCUCAAAACCAUACUUGACACUCCAUUCUUGUCCAUGCCCAUCAACUCUCAGAUCCUCGAUACCAUCUAUAGAGGAAUGGAAGAUACCACCUACCUUGUCACAUUCUGGAGUACCGAAAUCAGAAAGCUGAAGGGAAGUCUUCGGAACCACCCAGCGUUGGGAUGGGCGUUUGCCUGUCAACCUCCAAUUACAACAUUGACCUUGCAGCUGUACAUGACUAAUGAUGGGACUGCGGCUACUAUCCAAGUGGAGAACGAAAUGGGUAUAACGGUCUUUGAUGUCAUUCAUGGUAUACAUAAAUGCUUGAAUAAUAACCUGCCUCGAAUAAUUAGCGAAAGAUAUCCGAAACAUCUCCAAACGAGGUUAACGUGGUUCGAUUAUUUAAAUUUAGGUGAUAAACCUCAAAAAUCUCGAGUUAUAUUUCCUAUUGAGAAAGUGGAUUUGAUAAGGUCUAAUGACGGAGGUGAAUUGAUUUUGAAGAUUAGUUUGAGGAGAAUUGAUUAUUGA